AUGUCGAACAAUUUUGACGCUCCUUUGUCGACACAGUCUGACUGGCAGGGACAGCAGUACUCGUAUCUUCCCCCUGGGGAGAGCUCCAUCUAUGCACAGUCUUAUGGUCAUGGAACAGCUUCUGGCGGCAACUCCGAGUCCCAGGCGCAGCCGCGCAGUGCCGCCGAGGCUAGCAGCUCCAUGGACGUAGAGCCCAAGACAGAGCCGAACACACUGAGUCCGCCUCUGAGCCUACGGCGCGGCGCAGAUCCUCUGGGUCUGCGUCAACAAAGACAGCCAUCGCCCAUCGCGGAGCAGUCAGAAACACAGGGCGAUGUAUACGCGCAGAAGGCGGCAGAGUCCUUGAAAGAGGAUUCAGUCGCCUCGGCGGACACUCCCGGGAUGUCGCUAGGCUCGAACCCAGUGAGCUCAGUCUCCUCCGCGGGACAGGGCGCGGAACUGCCUGCCAGCCAGUCGGGUCAGGAGGACCAGGUGCCUAAGCAGGAGGACGACGACGAGGUGAUAGAUGAGGAUGACAUGGUCGACGGUGACACCGAAGCAGCCCUGCAACAGAUGACGCCUGCUGAAAGAACCGCAGCGCGGAGGAAGAUGAAGAGGUUCAGGCUCACCCAUCAGCAAACGCGAUUCCUUAUGAGCGAGUUUGCGAAGCAGCCACACCCUGAUGCUGCGCACAGGGAACGACUCUCGAGGGAAAUUCCAGGAUUGAGCCCCCGCCAGGUGCAAGUCUGGUUCCAAAACAGGCGGGCAAAAAUCAAGCGCCUCACAGCCGAUGACAGGGAGCGCAUGAUCAAGAUGAGGGCUGUACCAGACGACUUUGACAAUGUCCAGGCCCUGCAUUCACCAUACGGCGCCGUCCACGGGCUGGGUACCCCAAUGGCGUCUCCUGUUGGCUUCGGCCCAGGCCCAUAUCCGGAUCACCUUAUGAGGGGACCACUGGUGGUGGAUGUUAGACGAGCCGAGGGCGGUGAGCACAUGUCAUCCAGCGGGCUGAGUCCAGCUUUUGGCAACAUUGGGUUCAACACAUCAGCGUCCAUGAGUAACCCAGACCUGUUGACUCCCAUGUCUCAAGAGUCCAGCGAUCGGUACGACUACUCGAACCACUUGACGCCCCUGAGCGCCGGGCCUAGGACCUCCAACCCUUUUGCGAGACAGGGCAGCAUGGAGACGGGCAUGGCGGUUCAGAACCACCACUCGAGGCAGCAAAUGAGACCUCUUCAACCACUCCAGCUCCGGGAGACGCUCACCCGGUCCAGGUCCGAUAACCUUCAGUCACCACUCCGAUCGAGCAUGUCCUGGAAAGGCGACUCGAUCGACUACUCUUCUUACCAUCCUGCAGCCGGCAGCCCAACACCUCUGAGUGGGCGACAGCAGUCCGUCUAUCAGCCUUCAGAGGGGCUCAGUGGUUCUCCCUCAACCACGCUGGGUGGCUACGAAUCGAGCACCUAUGCUGUCACUUCCGCGCCAUAUUCCACCGGCUUCCCCACCGCGCCGCUGACCGCUCCGAGCGACUUCUCUCUGCCAAGGACGCCAGGGUUCCCGACAAGAAUACACGACUAUUCGAUACCACAGAUGAGCGCGCCGAUUGCGCCGCCCAACGACUUCUCGCAGGCCUUCCACGCCAGCAUGGGCUCCGGACACAGCUCGAGGACACCGAUGCGAGAUCAAUUUGGAGGCGGAGGCCCCCUGGGUGACAGGAGUGGCGAUGACUACGGAGGACCUGGUGGCGAGCUGAAGAGGAAGAGGAGCUUCACGAUCCCACAAGGCAGCUCAGCACACUGA